UAUGUCUGGACCGCAUCACGCACGUGCUUGCCGCCAGCAAAGUGAAUAAUAUUCACUUUGCAGCUGUUUACGAUUCAAAUGUUUGCAGUGGCUGUCAACCUGUCACAACAAUCGUUUCUGAUCUAGAAGUAUUUUUCGGUUUUGCUAAUUGCUGUCCACUUGCUUUUCCUUCUAAAUCGCUUAUUAGCUAACUCUUUACAUUUCGGCUGCUUUUCUGUGACACAAAAUGGUGAACGAAGGAGGAUCCGACUCAAACAUUGUAGUCACCAUCAACGGCAAAAAAAAUAUGCAGUGCCGCCGGAAUUCUCCGCAACAUCUCUGAAUGAUUUUCUGCGUGUCCAUCUCCAACUUACUGGGACGAAAGUGAUGUGCCGAGAGGGCGGAUGUGGUGUAUGUAUUGUACACGCUGCAGUACCUACCGGAAACGGAAAAUUCCAAGAACGCUCCAUCAAUUCUUGCCUGUGUCCGAUUCUUUCCUGUGAUGGGUGGGAAAUAACAACGGUGGAAGGCUUGGGUGAUCAGAAGAAUCCCCAUCCCAUCCAAAAGCAGCUAACCGAACAUUCGGGAUCACAAUGCGGCUACUGUACUCCCGGAAUGGUUAUGACUAUGUACAGUACUAUCCGAAAGGAAGGCAAAUCAUUAACCGCUACUCAAGCGGAAAGCGCACUUGAUGGGAACAUUUGUCGUUGUACGGGAUAUCGACCGAUUUUGGAUGCUUUUAAAGAGUUCACGAAUGAAUCGGCGUCACCGGCGUGCGAUAUCGAGGACGUCUCUAAGCGGAUAUGUUCGAAAACGGGAAAACAGUGUAAUGGAGUGUGCGAUGAUAACGGAUCCAAUUAUUUUCGUCCUCUGGUCGAAGUUGCACGUGCUGCCGCUCGGCCAUGGUACAGACCUACGUCGCUGGCGGACCUGUACAAACUGCUGGAAAGUUCUACGCUGAAGAAUCCAUAUUAUGUUUGCGGCCAUACCGGCAUCGGAGUGUAUGAUGAUGGUCCGUACGAUGGUUUUAUCAGUCUGCGUGGAAUUCGCGAAAUGUUUGUGACUGAUAAGAAGGACGGUGUCAUUACCAUUGGUAGCGGUGUCUCCUUAACGGAUAUGAUUGACUUUUUCAAGUCAGAAGCCCAAACAGAUCCCGGUUUUGCACAUCUGGAACAUUUUGCUCGUUUGAUUAGCAAAACUGCCCAUCCUGCGGUCCGAAAUGCUGGUUCUUGGGGUGGAAACUUGGCGAUGCGAAAUCGGCACAAGGAAUUUCCGUCGGAUACUUUCAUCGCGCUGGUCAUGUGUGACGCGUCCGUGUUUGUCGGCCCGGAUGAAAAAUCUUACACCCCCGAAGAAUUCGUGAAUUUGGAUUUGAAAAAUAAAAUUGUGACAAAGCUGACUUUGAAGCAGUUCGAUAAAUCCCACGUUUUUCGCACUUUCAAGAUUAUGCCGCGAUCCGCUAAUUCUCAUGCCUACGUUAACGCCGGAUUUCGCGCAAAACUUUUGAAUGAAGGAAAUCAGCUUGUGAUUGUCGAUAGGCCGGUUUUGGCUUAUGGAAAUAUAGCAGAAGAAUUCAUCCGUGCCAGUAACACGGAAGAGUUUCUUAUUGGCAAGAAUCUGGCUGACAACGACACAUUUCAAAGGGCACUGACAACCUUGGCGCAGGAAAUUCAACCUGCGGAAGAUAAAUCGGAAGCGAGUCCUGCUUACAAGCGUGCUUUGGCCGUUAAUUUGUUCUAUAAGUUUGGGUUGCAAGCAUUGGAUUUACAUAGCCUGGUGGACCUCAAAUAUAAAUCAGCCAUCACAAGUUUUGACGAAGAGCGUCCGGUGUCGAAAGGAACGCAGUCGUAUCCCACAGUGGAAAAAAACUGGCCAGUUACCAAGCCGAUACCGAAGUUGGAAUCGGUGGUACAAUGUACCGGUGAAGCUCGAUAUAUCAGCGAUAUUGAACAAGAAGGACUGUUGCAUGCCGCUUUUGCACUUUGCCUGCACGGACCAGGAAAAAUCGUUAGCAUCGAUACUUCUCGUGCAAUGGCUGUUCCUGGAGUCGUUCGGGUUUUGACCGCAAAAGAUAUCCCAGGAGUGAAUAGUUUUAGUGGAUGUUUGCCAUCAGAAAAGGACGAAGAACUGCUGGCAUCGGACGAAUGCUUAUAUUUUGAGCAACCUGUUGCUGUUAUCGUAGCCGUGUCCAAAACAAUAGCAGAAGAAGCAGCCAAACUGGUGAAGGUGGAAUGUAAAGAUGUACGGCCUGCGGUUGUAUCCUGUAAAGAAGCCGUUGUCCGUGAGGCGUUCUAUGAGUCUCCAGAGGAUCUCGUGGUAGGAGAUGUGGAUAAGGCCUUUCAGAAAGCUAAGAACAAAGUGAUGGGGGAAUUUGAAAUCGGAACUCAGGCUCACUUCCACAUGGAAACUCAGGUUUGUGUGGUGAUCCCAACGGAAGAUGGUUUGAACGCCGAAGCGGGAACUCAGUGGAUUGAUCAUACGCAAGACUGCAUGGCAAAGGUCACCGGACUGAAUAAAAACGCCAUUAAUGUGUCGGUAAAACGGAAUGGAGGCGGAUUCGGAGCUAAAAUUACCCGCAAUAAUAUCAUAUCUGCAGCAUGUGCCCUGGCAGCGUAUGUAACACGCCGACCUGUGAAAAUGCAUACCAGUUUGUGGGAUAACAUGAAAGUAAUUGGAAAACGCCUGGCCAACUAUGUCAAAUACGAAGUCGGUUUUGAUGAGAACGGAAAGCUGGAAGGCAUCAAGAUCAAUUUCUAUGCUAAUAACGGCAUUGCAGCAAAUGAUAGUCCAUUCGGAGAAAUUAAGAAAUGGAUUGACAGCGGGUACAAAUGUCCGUCGUGGAAGCUCAGUAUGAAAUGCUGCAAGACGAAUAUCCCAGCUAACACCUGGUGUCGAGCGCCGGGCAGCACUGAAGCCAUUUAUACCAUCGAACAUAUUAUGGAACACGUUGCUCACUAUCUGCAGAAACCUCCGAUUGAAGUGAAGCAACUGAAUUAUUACAACGAUGGUGAUAAAGUUCUGGAUGGUUCAAAACUGCAUAAGCCUACGCUGAAGGAAAUUACCAAACAGCUGCUGGAUAGUUCUGAAUACGACAAACGCGUUCAGGCCGCUAGGGAAUUCAACACUACUAACCGAUGGAAGAAAAGGGGAUUGACAAUCGUGCCAAUGCGCUAUGGUGUCGCAUGGAACGGUUUUAAUUACUCGUGUUUGAUUGCCAUCUUCCGCAACGGAGGCUAUGUUGCCGUUGUUCAUGGUGGAAUAGAAAUUGGCCAGGGCGUAAAUACAAAGGUUGCGCAGUGUGUUGCUGCGGAGCUGGGCAUCGACAUGAAGUACAUCAUGAUCCAGUCAACCCAAGCGAUUAUUACGGCGAAUAAUAUGACUACCGGUGGUAGCGUUACCAGCGAAUUGGCUUGCAUGGCGGCUAUCCAGUGCGCGAAGAAACUGAUGGAGGUCAUCAAUCCUAUAAAGAAGAAGCAGCAGGAUGGUGCAGAAUGGGGUGCGAUCGUGGAAGCUUGCUAUGACGCUGGUGUUGACCUUACGGCACGAUACUGGCAUGUUCCUGCGUCACCCGACACCAUUCAGUAUUCCACUUACGGUGCUACUGUAACGGAAGUGGAAAUUGAUGUGUUGACCGGCGAGCACCAGAUCAAUCGUGUUGAUGUAUUAUACGACUGCGGAGAAAGUUUGUCUCCCAUUAUUGAUAUCGGUCAGGUUGAAGGUGCCAUUAUCAUGGGACUGGGCUACUACACCAGUGAAGAAGUAAUUUACGAUGAGGGAACGGGACAAAAUUUGACCCCGAGUACGUGGAAGUACAAGCCACCAUUGGCCAGAGAUAUUCCCCUGGAAUGGAAUGUGAAGCUGCUGCAUGACGCUCCGAACCCGUUAGGUGUUUUGCGAAGCAAAGUGUCGGCGGAACCGCCCCUGGAUAUGUCAUGUUCCGUUGUUUUCGCCAUUCGGGACGCGAUAAGCGCUAGUCACGCAGAAUGGGCCACCAGGCGGCUUGGUUUGAUUUGGUUUGUCCAAUGACAGUGGAGCGGACUCAGCAGUAUUGUGGAUUUGAUAUUGCGCAGCUGCGUUAUCGCGACUAGGUACGCCGCGCUAGUCGAAUUUUUAUUGUAGUUUCAGUUCCUGCCAGUAGUUACUUAUCCGCGAUAACAAACUUCCAUCUCCCAACUGCGCUCCUUAUGCCCGGCUCUUAAUAGAUUACAGUUAUAAUUCUGCUUUACUACCUCUCACAAUGAUAUCAAGUUUUUAAUUGUAUGACUGAUGUAAUUUAGUAAUUUAACAUUCUAAAUCUUUUGUUUUUAUUGCGUCUUCCUUUGUUCGUGUUUGAAGUGUUCCAUUUUAUCACUGUUUGUACCCACCAUUAAUUAAUGGUACGUUACUGCUGGUUACCGGUAUAUUGUUUUACCGGUGCAUCAACAUAACCUUUUUAAAAAUUUUACUAGCGCA